UCCAAGGAAAACUUGACUUACGCAUCCUAAAAAGUAUCGGGUACCACCAUGAACUACAACGAGAAGAAAGACCCCAAACUGCAAAUGAUGCCCAGCACAGCCAAUAGCCAAGCAAAACUAAAGGAGCUGGAAGUGCGGGGAAACUGGGGGAGUAAAGCCGAGUAUAUUUUAACGGUGAUGGGAGCUAUAAUUGGACCUGGAAACGUGUGGAGAUUCCCUUACUUGUGUUACAAAAACGGAGGGGGUGUGUUCUUCAUUCCAUAUGUUUUGUUCUUGGUGACGUGCGGGAUCCCGCUAUUCUUCCUGGAGACUUCUCUGGGACAAUACACCAGCCAGGGAGGAAUCACAUGUUGGAGGAAGAUGUGUCCGCUAUUUGAGGGUAUGGGCUACGCCUGUAACCUUGUCAUCUCAUUCAGUGCCAUCUCCUACAUUGUGAUCUUGGCAUGGGCCUUUUUCUAUCUCUUCUCCUCCUUCAGUGCAGAGCUACCCUGGGCAAGCUGCGGAAACUGGUGGAACACUGACUCGUGCAUGGACGACAGCAAGCAGAAUCGCAGCACCAACCUGACAUCAAGAGAGAAUACCACACUACCAGUCAUGGAGUUUUGGGAGCGCAGGGUGCUGAACAUUUCCGGGGGGAUCGAGGAGAUGGGCAACAUCAGAUGGGAGCUGGCGCUGUGUCUCCUUCUCACCUGGGUCAUCUGUUACUUCUGUGUCUGGAAGGGAAUUAAGUCCACAGGCAAGGCUACUUACUUUACGGCCACAUUCCCAUAUGCCAUGCUCCUGGUCCUGCUGAUCCGCGGUGUCACUCUGCCUGGAGCCAUAGACGGCAUCAUCUUUUACAUUUACCCUGACAUCUCUCGCCUCACAGACCCACAGGUGUGGAUGGAUGCAGGCACACAGAUUUUCUUCUCCUAUGCUAUCAGCUUGGGCUUUCUCACAUCCCUGGGCAGCUACAACAGUUACAACAACGACUGCUACAAGGACUGUUUUUACCUGUGUCUUCUAAACAGUGGCACCAGCAUCGUGUCAGGCUUCGCAAUCUUCUCUGUUUUGGGCUUCAUGACCUAUGAACAGGGGGUGUCCAUUGAAGAGGUGGCUGAGUCAGGUCCUGGGCUGGCAUUUAUUGUGUACCCUCGAGCAGUAGCCAUGAUGCCCAUGUCUCAGAUCUGGUCUGCCUGUUUCUUCAUCAUGAUCAUCCUUCUGGGUCUGGAUAGUCAGUUUGUUGGGCUGGAGUGUUUGAUGACAUCUGUUGUGGAUCUGUUCCCUACCUAUCUGCGCCGUGAGUUCAGGAGAGAGCUGCUGUUGCUGGCUAUCUGCACAAUAGGCUUCAUACUGGGGCUUGCCCUGGUCACAGAGGGAGGGAUGUACCUGCUUCAGCUGCUAGACCACCAUGUGUGCAGUGGGACCACCCUGCUACUGCUGGCCAUUUGUCAGUCUGUCUGCAUCGCCUGGGUCUAUGGUGCUGAACGUUUCUAUGGUAACAUCAGUGAUAUGAUUGGCUACAGACCUCUGCCUUUGAUGAAGUACUGCUGGCUCUACAUCACUCCUACAGUGUGCACAGCUACCUUCAUCUUCUCCAUAGUCAAGUACUCACCAUUGAAGUUCAGCAACACAUAUGUUUAUCCUGUCUGGGCUAACAUCAUUGGCUGGUUCAUUGCCACUAUCUCCCUCUCCUUCAUCCCGCUAUGGAUGGUCUACAAAAUGGCCAACAGCAAUGGAACCCUGCGCCAGCGGUUCUCUGUGCUCUGUCGGCCUGUAGACGACCUCCCCGCGAACCACACAUGCAGAACAGAUGGCCCUCUUCAUCUGGCGACCUCUGACGUCAUGAGCUCCAGCAUGGAGCUGAAGCCUCUGUCCUUCACAGCGGGAGAUAAGGACGCACUGUGA